AUGAUGCCACGCCGACGCGGAGGUGCGCCCCCGCUCCCCGACGAUCCGCGAGCGCGCGAAUUCAAACCCGCGCGAAUCUCGGAGCGACAGACGGGAUCGUUCUCUUCUCUCGAUCCUCGCGCCGCGCCGCGAUCUGACCCUCCCUCCCCACCCCACCGCCGCACGCCAGGCCCGUUACCGCGCGGCAGAGGCAUGCUCGAGGCCGCGCUCGCGGCGUCGGAGAGCGCGAAGAAAGAGAAGGUGAGGUCCGCGGCCAAGGCGGCGGCGCGAGCCGCGGCGGCGGCGACGCCGAAACCGACGCGGCCGCCGCAGGCUGCCAAGUACGAAGAGUUCGCGUACCGUCCCGCGGGGUUCGCGAAGCGCCCGGGACUCGCGGCGACGACGACGACGCCGUCGGCGACGACGACGACGCGCACGCCCGCGGUCGAUCGCGAGCGCGCGGCGCCGCGCCCGGGGACGGACGACGCGCGCGGAAGAGAAGAGCGAGACCCGUCCGCGACGCGGCUGGCGGCGACGCGGACGCCGCCGAGCGCGUGGCGCCCGAAGCCGACGGCGGCUCCGGCGACGGAGGCGGACGUCCGCACGCCGCCAGACUCGCUGCCGCCGCCGCGGGAUAAGCCCCCGCCGGUGACGCAGCGGCGCGAGAGCUUGGGGGGGAACCCCGGGCGCGUCGCGCGGCGGAUGUCGUUCGACGACGACGCCGCCGUCGGGCGCGACGGAGGGAAACGCGCCGCGGCGGCGGCGGCGGAGACGAAACCGACCGCGUCGCCUCUCGCGCCGCACAAUCGGCUCAAGAUCACGGUCGGCGAGCUCGAAGGCCGCGGCGCGGAGAUGCGCAAGCUGACGGGAGAGAACUCGCUGGAGCCGCCGUCGACGAGGAGGAGCGCGACGACGGACGCGAUGGGCGCGGGGCUCGUCUCCUCCGCCGCCGCCGGGACGACGGCGACGACGAAACGGCACGACCCGUUCGCGUUCACGGACGAGGCGAAGACGCCGCGGAUGUUCGGGCCGUUCGCGAGCGCGGCGAGGAACGCGGCGGCGAACGCGGCGACGAACGCGACGCACGACGCGACCGCGCUUGCGGUCACGCCGGCGCAACCGCCGCGGACGCCCGGGCUGACGAACCUGGGAAACACGUGCUACCUCAACGCGACGCUUCAGGUGUUGUGCGGUUUGGAGUGUUUCGCGCGGGACACGUGCGCGGACGCGCUGGCGCGCGCGCCGUUCGCGGACGACUCCGUGUAUUACGCGAUGCGGAAGCUCGUGAAGGCGAGGAAAGAGAAGGAGGCGAACGCGCGGCGGCUGAAGGUGAACGCCGCCGCGGACGCCGCCGUCGGGUUGGCGCCCGCGACGUUUUCGUAUCACACGCCCGCGCCCGGCGCGAAAGGCGCGCCCGGCGCGAACCAGUGGUCGUUAUCCCCCGCGGAGGUGAAGCGCGCGGUGACGCGGCGGCACCGCCGGUACGAAGGGUACGCGCAGCACGACGCGCACGAGUUUUUGUGCGAGUGCAUCGACGCGCUCGAGGAGGAGGUGACGCGGAUGUACCGCGUCGGCGAGCUCGACGCCGGCGCCGCGAGCGGCGGCGUCCCCGCGCCGGCGCCGAGCAUGGCGAUGGCCGCCGCGGUCGGGGCGUAUAAGCGCAAGGCGGCCGCGGAGGCGACGACGCCGGAGCAGACGCUUCCGAAGCGCGCGACGGGCGAGGACGGCCCGCCGGCGACGGCGACGGCGAACGACGCGGCGGCGGCGACGACGACGACGCCCGACCCCGCUCCCUCCGCGGGCGCGACGAUCGUUCCCUUGCACCGCACGCUGUGCCCGACGCGACGGAACUUCACGACCGCGGUCGCGGCGACGCUGACGUGCGACGCGUGCGGGGACACGUGCGUGAAACACGAGACGUUUCGUCACCUCUCCGUGGAGAUUCCCGUCGGCACCGGCGGCGGCGCGGCGGCGGCGGCGAGCGCGGCUGCGAACCUAGGCGCCGUGCCGUUGGAGUCGCUCCUGAACGGUUUCUUCGCCGCGGAGACGCUCGAGCGGACGUGCGAGAAGCCCGGGUGCGACGGCAAGCGCGCGACGCUCUCGAGGAAGAUUGUGCGCCUCCCGCGCGUCCUCGUCGUGCACCUGAAGCGGUUCCGGUUCGUCGAGAGUCUCUCCGGUGCGAACGACGAAAACGCAGACGCGGACGUCGUGCUCGGGAAACACGCGGGGGCGGGCGCGCUGCGAAUGGCGAAGAUUGUCAAGCGCGUCGCGCUCCCGAUGAAGGUGUCGCUCGCAAACUUCGCGUCGGGCGACGCGCUCAAGGGCCCGCCGCCGCGCGCGUCGACGGACGCGAACGCGGACGCGGACGCGUCGCCGGCGGCGUCGCCGGCUGAUGCGCGAAUCGCGAAACGCGCGCGUCUCCUUGGCGACGCCGUCAGCGGUUCCGACGACGACAGCCGCGGCGCCGGCGCGACGCGGCACAGCGACGGCGAGCUCUCGCGCGUCGCCUGGGGCGCGAACGACCGCUCUUCACCGAACGAGGAUGACGAGUCUGAACCGAUCGACGAAGCCUCAGCGGCGGUGAACCACUUCCGCGACGACGGCUCCCUCGUCGGCGCCGCCGCUCGCGCGCAGGCGGGGGCGUACCGCCUGCGCGGGAUCAUCUCGCACAUCGGUAGCACGUUAGACCAAGGCCACUACCUCGCGCACGUGAGAACGGACGACGAGACGUGGGUCUCGUUCGACGACGAGGACGUCAAGGAUGUCGAGACGGCGGACGUGUUCAAAGGCGGGAUGGAACGCGAGUGUUACGUCGCCACGUACGCGUUGGAGUGA